AUGGCGACCAAUGGAUGUUUUAUUGCGGUUCUCAUUGCCCGCACACACGAUCAUGUCCCCCUUUGUAGCUAUACCGAUGAUAAUUACGCCAAUUCCAAUCAAAUUCGGCAGCAGGAGCAACGCAUUCUCGAACGAAUGGAGUCCCCUGCAGCCACGUCAGAACGGAAAGAUGCCAAAGGGAGCUAUUACCAGAGCUUUGAUCAUCGUGACUGCAUAUAUUUUGCCUUCCAGGAUGCUGCCACGGACCUCACAAUAAUAACAGUCAUCAACAAGCUGCUUCUUCGUAACUCGGGUGAUAUUGCGACCACGAACCGUCUCGCUUGCGGUCUGUUGGAUCUCGUCUUCGCGGAGUUUACACAGAGUUAUUCGGUAACCGAGGUUGCGGCUAAUAAUGUACGACCGUUUCAGUUCAUCAAGUUCGAUACGACGCUUCAGAGACUGAUCCAACGUAUGCAGCAGGAGCGGCAAGGUGAGAAUGCGCUGAUGGGUGUGCCCGGUACACCGCAGCGUCGCCAAGUGAAUCCCCAUUACGAUGCACUUCGUCAGGAGCUUACCGAUGUGCACUUUGUGAUGCGAAAAAACCUCGAGGACCUCAUGACUCGUGGGGAGAAACUGGAGACAAUGAAUCAUUUCAGUGCCCAGCUUGUAGAUCAGAGCUCGCGCUUCUACAAGAAGACGGUUCAUAUGAAUCGGAUGCGUUUGCUGCGAUUGUACGGACCUCCGGCUGUAGUGGGCAUCAUCCUCGUCGUCUUUUUCUACUUUUACUUCUUUUGA